CGGUCCUUUCUGAUCUUUCAGCACGCUGUAAUUUACAAACUGCGAACGACAAUCACCGGUAGGUGAUUGAAAGUAUACGGACUAUCGGCCAUCUGCAUUGUACACACCACCGGCUACUAAGUUUCCUGCACUGCAUAUAACAAGUCCCCCUGUAGUCUACGUAUCGGAUUCUACUUAAAUUUGUAUACCGAUCGUCGGCUGCCGAUCAACGGCCCCGUUCGUGUCCAGAAUCCUACAUAAACCGCCGCGACCUGUCUUCUCUCGACAUUCACAUUCUCUUUAACUCGCACUCCUUCAAUAGUGGUAUUGCGCUCGAACAUGCCUCCAAAACGACCACCGAGCACCUCUGGUGUCGUACUCAAGGCCAAGAAACGACGUCGAAUCAAAGGGCUACUAGAACGCGUGUCAGAGACCCCGUUGGACGUUCUUCUAGAGAUUUUCAGUCGUCUAGAACCGCGAGAUCUCCUCCAUCUGUGUCGCACAAACAAAUUUCUCCGUUCUGUUCUUCUGGAUCGCAACUCGCUUGACGUCUGGAGGCGUGCUCGCCAGAGCUUGGAGGACCUUCCUGAUCUCCCUGUUGACUUGUCGGAACCUCGUUAUGCCAGUUUACUUUUCGAUAAGUACUGUCAGUUCUGUCUACGUACGACGAGUCUUGUUCAAUGGGUCUUACGCACGCGUUGCUGCAAGGAUUGUGUACAAAACACAGAGAUUUUCAGCCCUACACUGGACCGACAAUCCAUGAGGAUGUCGUGGAUCAUCCCAUUUGUUCGAUGUGACGACACGACUUACUACUACGUUCCCUCCGUGGUGUUACUCAAUGAAGAAGUCAAAGAUGUGCUUAACGACGAGACCAACUUCCAUGACUGGUGUCACAAGAAAAACUCUUCCUUUGGUGCUAUUCGUACGCAUGGAGAAGCGUGUGACACUUGGCUGGCACAGAGACUGAAUGAACGCAAACGCGAGCUUAGGAAAAUUCGUCGAGAUCGACUACAGGAUGUUAUUGAGAGGCUCAAGGCGCUUGGGUGGGAAGACCUAAUCUAUAGGGUACCCUGGAGGAAAAUCGCAGCACAUAAGCUUGUGGCGCAGUCCAGGCCAUUGACUGAGCGAGCUUGGCGCAAUAUGGAGCCGGUGAUGGUGGAGUUCAUGAAUGUGCUUCAAGUGAAGAACAAGAAAAACGACGCAGCGAUGUAUGAUUUCGGUGAUUGUGAGGGUCGUUCCGUAGUAUAUGAGUCAUGGACGCUGGAUGGCGAAAGGAAUCAGUUCGGCCCUUUCGACUGCCAAACGGGAAAGUAUGCCAAUACCUGGCUUACUGAUUUUUCCCUAGGGAUAGCGUUUGAGCAAUAUGAUACUUAACAGACAAGAAUUUCUGCUUUUCUUUUUUCGCUCGAGAUUCGCUGUUCAUUGAUUUUCGUCUUGGAAUCUCUAUUUACAAAAAGAAUAAGCGUAUGAUCUGGAAUGAUAAAAUCAUGUAGGCUUAGGAGCAACAUCUUGAGUCAGUGGCAUGUCGUCAGCGAAAACGGGUGACACGACGUGUCGCGCAUUAAGUAGGUGCCAGGAUAGAGUCAAGCGUUGGCCCCAUCUAUUUCCCUGCUUUUCUGGUUCAAAAAGCGUUCGACGUGUUCAUGAAGGCGGUGAUUUCCACUUUUGGCAACAUA